AUGAGAACUGCAGUCAUUUGCUUCUGCCUCUUGGGCAUCGUCUCUGCUCUUCCAGUUAAACAGACUGAUUCUGGCAGCUCUGAGGAAAAGCAGCUUUACAACAAAUACCCAGAUGCUAUAGCCACAUGGCUAAAGCCUGACCCAUCUCAGAAGCAGACUUUCCUAGAACCACAGAAUACUGUGUCCUCUGAGGAAACUGAUAACAAGCAAGAGACCCUCCCGAGUAAGUCCAAUGAAAGCCCUGAGCACACAGACACUGUGGAUGACGAAGAGGAUGGAGACAGCCAGGACACUGACGCAAAUGACUCCAAAGACGCUGACCAUUCCGAUGAGUCUCACCAUUCUGAUGAAUCUGAUGAAGUGGUCACUGAUUUUCCCACUGACGUUCCAGCAACCUCCGUUUUCACUCCACCUGUCCCGACCGGAGACACAUACGAAGGCCGAGGUGAUAGUGUGGCUUAUGGACUGAGGUCGAAAAAGAUGUUCCACAGAUCUGAAGUCCAGUAUCCAGAUGCCACAGAGGAGGACGUCACAUCACACGUGGAGAGCGAGGAGGUGGGUGAUGCACCCAAGGCCAUCCUGGUUGCCCAGCGCCUCCACAGGGCUUCUGACUGGGACAGCCAUGGGAAGGACAGUCAGGAGACGAGUCAGCCGGAUGACCGCAGUAUGGAAACCCACAGCCACGAGCAUUCCAAAGAAUUCAAGCUGAAAGCCGAGGAUGACAGCAAGGAGCAUUCCGAUGUGAUUGAGAGUCAGGAUAAUUCCAAAGUCAGCCAAGAAUUCCAUAGCCGCGAAGACAAGCUAGUCCCAGACCUUAAGAGUGAAGAAGACAAACACCUGAAAUUCCGCGUUUCUCAUGAAUUGGAUAGCGCCUCUUCUGAGGUCAAUUAA